AUAGGAACAGAAAUGACAACGCAACUGGAAUAAGAAAGAAAUAAGUCGUUCCUCUCUGUCACAGAUACGAUCCUUUAAUAUUCUUUUAUCUCGAGAGAGGGUAAUUAUGGCGACGAGCGGCAGAGAUACACGACGACGUCGUAUUGUAGAGCGCGGAAAUGACAGAUUAGCUCUAAUUACGGGUCGGAUCCCAACCCUAACAUCUGAAACAGGAUCGGAUACAGGAUCCGGAUUAGGAUCGGAAACUCGACAUUCUCACACGGCAUCUUGCCCUACAUGGAUUUCUCAAGAUGAUCAUUAUCAUCAACCCUCUCCCGUUUCUAUUAGUGGGAGUGAGACCUCUGGACCAUUUUUGCCCGAUAGUGACCGUGGAAUUGAGUCUAGUGACCAUGGUGAUCCUGAUGGCAAAAACAGAACUACUCCAUUUAUGCGAAAAUGUGAGUCAAACGUUGAAACCUCAAGUGCACCUGCCUUGGAUCUUGAUGGCAAAGAGCAAUUAUUUCCGGAUUCAUUUCCUUUGAAUCUUCCACGCCUUUCUGCUUCUGAUGGGGGUCAUUCUUUUAACUUGAAGAGCAACUAUCACAAUAUUUUCGCCCCAAAUAAAAUAAGUUCUGCAAUUGCAGCUUCUGAGAGUAUUCGCUUCAACUUUUCCCUUGUGGCUGCCAUUUUGGUUCUUGUGUCCUAUAACAGCCACUUCUUCAAGGUGGUCAUAUUUUUCAGACCUCUUCUGCUACUGCUGUUGACCAACAUAUCAAUUAUUAUUGCGCGCCUUCUCGCAGAAGAAGCAGGGUCCCAAAGGAAUCAAAAAACAGCAGCAAACAGUAUCCCUAGCGCUGGUGUGGUUGAUCAAAUUGGGAAAGCGCUGGAGCUUGGAUUGUUAUUACAAAACGUUAUGGGUGCACUGUUCAUGGAUUGUAGUAUCUACUCAAUAACAGUCGUUUGUGGCCUUUCAGUAGUACAAAAGCUUGGCUGGUAAAGUUUUCCCUGGCUGGAGGAUCGUAACAGCUGUAUCAUCUUAAUAAGUUGUUUUGUCUCUUUUUUCCCUUUGUGUUCGCCUAGAUUGUUUUGAGAAACAUUUUGCUUCUUUUCACUCACUCCCCCACCCACAAAACCCCAAUAUUCAAUUUUUGUAGCUUCCUCUGAAUUGAACUUAUGUAGUUGUUCUCAAGUUUCUAAAGCAUUUUUCUGAGAUUAUGCCA